CUCUCAAAGAGUGCAAGACUUCAGCUUCUGCAACUGUUUAGCGGAUUCUCCACAGUAUGAACACGUCCGAGACCAUCUCCGAGUUUGUAAUCGUGGGCUUGUCAGAGUUCAAGGACAACAAAACGCUGCUGUUUGUUCUUUUUCUGUUGGCCUACAUGACCAUUCUGGGAGGGAACACCAUGAUAAUAUACCUGGUGCGGACGGACGCCAAGCUCAGUUCGCCCAUGUACUUCUUUCUGCACAACCUGUCCUUCGUGGACAUCGUCUACACGUCAGUGACCAUCCCCAACAUGCUGUCGGGCUUGCUGACGGGGACCAAUACCAUCUCAGUGGCGGGCUGCUUCCUGCAGAUGUACUGGUUCAUCUCCAUGGCGGUGACCGGGCGCAGCCUUUUGACCGUGAUGGCGUUCGACCGCUACGUGGCCAUCUGCAACCCACUGCGCUACACCGCCAUCAUGACGCAGAAGGUCCGCCUGCUCCUCAUCUGCGGGGCCUGGGGGUUCGGCAUGGCCUGCACCCUUCCCGCCAUCUCCGCCGUGAGCCGGCUGCCCUUCUGCGGCGCCAACCGCGUGCGCCACUGCUUCUGCGACCCGUCCUCCGUCAUGCGGCUGGCCUGCGCCGACGUGGCCGCCGUCAGCCGCCUGUCGCUGGCGUGCGCCAUGGUGGCGCUGCUCGGCACGCUGGCGCUCGUCCUCUCGUCCUACGCCGCCAUCGGCGCCUCCGUCGGCCGGAUGGGCUCCUGGGAGGUGCGGCGGAAGGCCUUCGCCACCUGCGCCUCCCACCUGACCGUGGUCUCCCUCUCCUACGGCUCGGCCGCCUUCGUGUACACCUCGUACCGCGUGGGCGACUUCUCCGCCGACGUGCGCAUCAUCGUGGCCAUCCUGUACUCGGCCCUGACGCCGCUGCUCAACCCCGUGAUCUACAGCCUGAGGAACCGGGAGCUGAGGGACGCGGUGAGGCGGGCGUUCUGUUGCCGCCGCCGAGCCGUGUCGCCGCGGGCCAGGAAAACCGCCGCCGCGCCAGCCUGAGCGUGCGUCGUAACCUUGGUAACGCAUGUACGGCGGCCCCUGAGCGUGCGUCGUAACCUUGGUAACGCACAUACGGCGGCCCCUGAGCAUGCUUCGUAACCUUGGUAACGCAUGUACAGCAGCCCUGAGCGUGCUUUGUAACCUUGGUAACGCAGGUACAAACAGCCUCCGUUCAUUUAAACUUAAAAAAAAUCUAAUAAUUUUUUAUAAAUCAGUCAAAGGCAGUGUGUCUCUUCCAUGCCCAAAAAUGAUUAAAGGAAACGCUGAAAAGUGU